AUGUUUCAUUUGGCAUCAUCGUUAUACACACAAUACACCAAACGUGAGCAAUAUAAUGUUUUGAUUCUUGGGUUGGACAAUGCGGGCAAAACCACCUUUUUGGAGCACCUCAAAUUGUUGUAUCCUACGCCGAAUGAGACCAAAAAGGCAGAAGGGGCACCCGAUACCACGGAAACCAUAAGAUCGAAGCGGAUAUUGCCAACGGUGGGACAGAAUGUCGCUACUAUCAAAUACGAAGGUUCGGAUUCCCACCAGUUUACCAAUAUCAACUUGAAAUUCUGGGACUUGGGUGGCCAGAAAUCAUUACGAAGUAUGUGGUCCCGAUACUACAAAUCAUGCCACGGGAUCAUCUUUAUCAUCGAUUCGACCGAUACCGAGCGGUUCCACGAGUGCUACGAGACAUUAAUGGAGAUCACUCAUGACCAAUCAUGGAGUGACGAGAACAACGGGUUUGACUUUGUCAAUGUGCCGAUACUCAUGAUGGCCAACAAGCAGGAUUUACCGACUGCUGUGGACUUAAUCUCGUUGAAAACGGGUUAUUUCAUUGACUUGGUCAGUGAGCUAGAGGCCACCGACCUGAAGCUCUUGCCUGUAUCGAUAUUAGAAAACCAAGGACUUCGCGAGAGUUUAGACUGGUUGGUGACCCGUUUGGUAUACAACAAGGCCAACAAGAUGCCACAAUAUAAGUAG